AUUUCUUCAUAACACCAAAUCCGAAAUUUCCAUUUAUUCCGGCGACUCUCUUCUCUCUCUCACAAAACAGAAACCUUUAGAAUCAGAAGAAGACAAUAUAUAUAUACUUGUACUCAUCAAAUCUUCUUCUCCUUCUACUUCUCAGAGAUCAAAGACUCUCUUUCUCCCAGAGUUUUUGUCUAUUUUUAAAAAAAAUUUCCGAUGAGGUGUAAGAGACAUACAGCUGACUCCACUAGCACUCUCGGCGUAUGCGCUUCUUGUCUCCGUGAACGCCUCUUUCCUCUCUCCGCGUCUGAAGAUAACGAUCAUCUCUCUGUUUCUCCUCACGAUGCUAACAGAACUUCCGACGCGGAAAAAAUCUUGGAAACAAACCGAUCGUUUAAGAAGAAACAAACCGGUUUAUCCCGGUUCUCUACCUUCUUCAGGACAAGAUCUAACGACUCAACGUUUUCUCCAUCGUCGUCAUGGCUCUCCAACGUUCUCCCGAAAAAACAAUCAACGUGCUACAUAGAGGACUUGAUCGCCUCCGAACCUAAUCAUAGGCAGAGAUACUGCAAAGGACUGUCUCCGGCGAACGGACUAGAAUCAGUCGAGGAAUCUCCCGGGAGAGCGAGAAGAGCUUCUCCGGCGACGGGAACUCCGGGAAGAAGAAGAAGAAAGACGGCGACGAUGGCUUUGUGUUUGAGUCCGUUAGUGAGAGCUAAACCUAAUAACUCUUCUUUUGGAUACACCGGUGAGAUGAAAUCUCCGGUUAAGCCUCACAUUUCAACGGCUGCGUCUUUUUACGGAAACCGGUCUAAGAAGCUUGCCGAUUUAGGUAGAGCUGAUCACCGCCGUUGAUUUUCUUUCUUUAUUUGGUCAUUAUUUGACCCGUUCUAUACGAAAUUACCUAAAAAAAAUAUCACACACAAGAUACAUAUGUAAAGUUAUAAGAUUGAAAUAUUAUUUUUGGUUCAACUAAAGAAAGUCUUAUUGUAUAUUAAACUGG